UUUUGGCAGUUCGUAUGUUCGUAUCGUUUGUCAUUCCUGAUCUUCGAUGCAGUUUUAACGUGCAUGACUUUCCCAUAAUUGGAGAUGAGCAGGAUGAUUGAAAAGAUGGAUUUACACUCGAAUGGAACUAAAAACUCAGUGAAAAACAAAAAUUACGCGGUACCAGUGAGGUUAUGGGAUAAAUUGCAAAUAAACGAGUGGUUUUUCAUACAUUUGUUCUUUGUAAUGUCAUUAUCAAUCGUUUUGGGGAAAUUGUAUAUGAAUUAUGGCUUUCAAGGACAUCAGGAAUACAAAUGAAUUAUUUGAUUGGAGCAUUAAAUGGAAUAUUAAUUUUCAUCUAUAUGUGUCUUUAAUGUAUUAAAAGAGAAUGUAGGAGUCUGUGCAUAAGUCACAAAAUUGUUUGAUUGCACAAUACUCUGCAUUCGCUAUAUUUAUUUGUUAUUUAUAUUAAUUAACAAUAUUAUUGUAAGUUCUUUCCCAGUUAUGAUAUUUAUUUAACAAUUAAGUUCUGAUAUUAAUUUUGUAUAAUUCAUUUUAUAUAAAGUUCAAUAAUAUUUUUCAUAGCAAAAAGUGGUUCACAUGGUAAAAAUAGCUUUCUUUAUGUAUAAUAACAAAAUAAUAUUUUCUUUAUCAUAUAUAUCUUAUUUCACUAUUUUAUGUAUGAAAAAAGUAUUAAGUGCAAGUAGAAUUUGCUAAAAGCGUAGUAUGCUAAGCUAUAAUGUGUAAUACUUACUAUACUUAAAACAUUGCAAAGUACAAAAUUACUAUAUUAUCACUGAUAAACAUUUUUUGUACUGUCUAAAUCUCUCGACGUUUAAGACUGAUAAUGUGUUUGUAAAAUCCUUAUUUAUUGAUAAUUUAAAACAAGCUCUCCACAGCUUAACAAAGUAUUAUAUGUUGUACCUCUCGAUGUUUUGUAUGUGUACAGAAAUACAACAAUAACCUUAAUUCUUUGAAGGUUGAUGUUAAUAAGAGCAAAGUAGAGCAUUCUUGCAAAGUUAUUAUUUAUUCUCUAAAUAUAAUUUACAUUUGAAUGUAAAUAUCUACUGUUGUAACUAUGGUGUUAAUAAAUUAAAAACUAUACUUAUACAGGAUGAAUAACUUUUUAAAUCGUUCAUUCCAUAUAUGUAAUCCAUUCUUUUAUAUAUUUUUGUUUUACAAAUUGUUAGAUAAAAUUUUCAAUAACUUGGUUUGGAGCCCUAAAAUUCUGUGUGCUGUGUAAUCAUCGUGAUGUAUACGUAUACGAAUACGUUAGCGUGCGUGAUGUCACAAGUGUACGAAAUGUAUAAUACUUCCUAUUGGUAGAAUGACAUCGAUGACGACGUAUUCUACCAAUCAGAAGCCUACGUUUCAGUGACGUACGACACAUUUUUACUUCCUAGUUAUUUAUGCAUAUGUGUAUGUCCACACACCGUUGCACUUAGGUUCUACUACUAUUUCACUGUUCGACUUCAGCAGCAUCGGCAAAUAGUCGUGUCCUUGUCAAUUUUACACUCGAUCGAAUUCACCUUUCACAGAUUACAAUUUUUUCUUAGACAAUAACCGAAUUUUCUUUUUCCAACGUACUGCCAGAAACAUCUCUAUUGGAUCACAAUUACGAGUACAACACAAACGAUGGAUCAUCAAAUGUUUAAAAUAUACAACCAAGAAGACUUUAAUAGAAUUACAAGAGGAAUAAAAGUUGCACAAUGUAUGCAAUCGCGAGCACCGUCAGUUUCAGAAACUGAGAAAGUAUUGGGUCAACUGGAUGAUUUAGUUGUAUCUGACUCCUUAAGUUGUUCAUUUUGCAAUGCCGUAUUCGAAAACAAAGCUCAACAGAGACUUCACUAUAAAUUAGAUUGGCACAGAUAUAAUUUGAAACAGCGUUUAAAUGGAUUAAAAUCCAUCAGUGAGGAUAAAUUUAAUCUUUUAGCUGAUGAAGGGGAUGUUUCAAGUUUAUCUGGGAGUGAUGUAGAAUCUGAAAAUGAAGAUGAGACGUAUACCUCAGAGACAAGUGGUUCCCCUAGUGGAAAUUACGACAAUAAAGGUGUCAUUAAUAAGAACAAGAAAAUAGAGAAAAAAACAAGAGGUGCAGAAUCAAUUUCUGAUAGCUCAGAUACAGAAUGUUGCGAUGAAACUGUAAAGGAAAAAAAACUUGAAACUUUAUUAGCCAUUGCCAGUCGUCAUUCUAAAGUCUUCUUUGAGAACGAUGAUGGAAAUAUAUUUAGUAUAUAUAGGUGUUUACUUCAUAGCAAGAAGGAAAUUCCUGAGGUAGACAAUGAGAUGAUAGCUCAAGCAUUGAGAAGUGGGAAAAAAGCAACAUGGACUGUCAUCAUGAUUGGAGGAGGACACUUUGCUGCAGCUGUAUUCCAAAAUGGAGAACCCAUUGUGCACAAAACAUUUCAUUCUUACACCGUACGAGCGAAGCAGGGAUUUGCACAAAGUUCGCGUACGACGACUAACCAUACCAAAAGUGCCGGAUCGAGUUUGCGCCGCUAUAACGAAGCUUCUCUACUUCAGCAUGUGCAGGAAAUACUUGAAUCGUGGUCGUCUCAUAUUAAUAUUUCCUCUUUAAUCCUGUAUAGAGCGGUUGGACCAUACAAUCGCACUGUAUUGUUCGGAGGGAAAAAUCCUCCAUUAGAUAAAAAUGACUUGAGAUUAAGACCAUUGCCUUUUCCGACUCGUAGGGCAACAUUUAGCGAAGUUAAAAGGGUGUAUGAUAUAUUAAGUACCAUGGAAAUUUAUGGUUCCGCGGCUGCUUUUACGGACUCUUUCCCUAUUUCUCCGCGUCAACCGCUUAGGAAAAAGGUUGCGAAAGUUGAAAUACCUAGCGAAACAUUGGAAAAAAUAGAAAAUGGAAACUGCGCGUCUAAUGCUGCCAAUAAUGCCCGUAAUCCUCAGGAUAGCGAUAAAAAUAAAGUACCUCCACAAUCUUCUCCCGAAAGACAACAUAAAAGCUCACGAUCUCACAUAGACAGAGCGAAACCAAGAAAGAGCCCGUGUCGUCCUUUGCCGGAUAUCGUUGCCAGAUUAGCACAGUCAUCUUCAGAGUCUGAACUAGAUAGUCAAUUAGGCACUAAUGAUAUUCCAAUGGACGUAUCUUUUGUUGAACAAGAUUUAGAAGUAGAUUUAACCGAACAUUUACUUGCUUUCCAAGACACUGUGCCAAGAUACAUGAAAAAUAAGAAGACUCGACGACAGAGGAAGAAAUCGAAAAAAGAUGAUUGUACAAUGAAUGAACUUCUAAGUAGCGCUAAAAUUAAAUUAUGGUCCGCGUGCAAAUUGGGUGACAAUGAAUUGUUGUCGUCUGUUAUUAACAGUUUAUUAAUGGAGGUAGAAAAAAACAUGGAAUUGGAGGGAGAUAACAAAGGAGAGGCAGCUGUUGAAGACAGUUCGGUUAUAAGUAUGGACGAUGUAACGAAACUGGUAAAUGAUCCUAAUGAAGAUGGUAAUACGAUGUUACAUUUGGUGGCUCUUGGUGGUCAUCUGAAACUAGUAUGGCAGUUAUUAGAAAUUGGAUCGGACCCUAGUCAUAAAAACAAGAAGUUUCAAACACCAUAUGUGGCAGCUAAUGAUAAGGAAACUAGAAACACUUUUAGAAGGUUUAUGGGUUGCAAUCCUCAUAAGUUUAAUUACAUUAAGUCUCAAAUACCCGGGCCGCUUACCGAUGAAAUAGAACAAGAAGAAUUAGAGAGGAAGAGGCAACAGAAGAAAAUGAAACGGGAAAAGGAAAAAGUGAAAAGAAAAGAAUUUGAACGUAAAAAGCAAGAGGAAGACUCCAAACAAAGAUUCCUUAGUCUCAGUGAUAGAGAAAAGAGAGCAUUAGCUGCCGAACAACGUAUUGUAAAGCAAGGUUGUCCUCUGGUUUCACGAUGUUUCCAAUGUGCUGUAGAUAUGGCUGGUCAGAUUCCGUUCGAAUACAAUUGCAAUCGCUUCUGUUCGAUGCCGUGUCUGAAAGAACACCGUCUUCGUAACAAAGUUGUUACUUGAUAGCGUACUAUAUUUCAUACAGUUGUCUCGCAACUUUACAAAUUAGCCUUAUCUUUCCAUCGUGUUCAAAUUGCAAUAGUAACAUAAAUUUUAUAAGGCUAGAUUUAAAUAUACAAAUGAUUUUUAGGAAACCGAUCGAGUAGUUUCGAGGUAAUAAUCAAAAUUUACAUGUGUUAUGAUCAUGUCAAUUUAAAAUGUGUAGUGGUUUGCUACGUCUUCAGUGAAUAUAUAUGGUUUAGUUCUUUUAAACGAUUUUUUCAAGCGAACUGUAAAACUCGAUUCGAUGUACAUACAAGAAUUUUUCAAUAGAUGCAUUUUAUCAAGAAUGGUAUGUGAGUACUUUGAAAUUUACAAUUUUUGUUUAUCUUUUCACUUGUUUUCAUAGCAAAACAGGUUAAGUGCUAUGUGCUAUCUGUUUAUGUUUUAAUCAGAAAUUAAUUAUAAGGUAUAAACGGUGUACAAACAACGUGUUAAAAAUUAAAUACACUUUAUAUACUUUUCAUGUUGA